AUGCCCAUCCCCCUCUUCACCACCGGCGAGAAGCCCAACACGGCCGAGACGCAAACCUCACCCACCAACAACCCAGCCGUAACCUCCACGCCCCUCACAAGCGGCAGCGACCUCCCCGAGCGCCGCAGAUCAAGCGUGUCCGAAGCGCACCACCACCACCACCAGGAAGCGCUGCGCGCCUCGGGCUCGGGCACGGCGACGAGCGCGGCGAGCUCCGGCAGGGAGCGGACGAAGGAGGAGAGGGAGGAGGCCGAUAGGCUGUAUGAGGAGCGGAUGGAGGAGGAGUAUGCGAAGCGGGAGGGGGGUGCUUAG